CACGCGCGUGCACACGUCUCUCAGAGCAAACUUUGGUUGUUCGUACUUUCAAAAUAAGAGGCUCUGGAACAGCGCGGGAUUUCAUUACUUUUUUAAUGCGAAUUGCUUGAUUUUAUAUCGGCGUGACGUCACAAGCUGGAGGAAGUUGUUUGCUGUUGAUCAGCUACGUGACUAAAAUCCUGUUUAUUGAUUUUAUUUCCCUCCCUGAUCCAGCUAGCACGCGCUGCUAGCGCUCGUUACUGUUAAUGAAACAGCUUAACUUCCGGUCUGAGGACGCUGGGAUCAGAACCAGUCCAUGUUUGGACUCUUAUUUUCCUAAAACUCGGAGGUCAGCACACUUCCUGUUAUGUCUGGCUGUCGGGGGAGCGUGACACAGCCGCCACCCCCCGCCCCCUCCCAGACAGACGGUCUGCAGCAUCACACGGAGACACACGCAGCUCAGCGCAGCCCGGAGGAGCGAGCCGAGUCCCGCUCCGCCCCUCCCCUUACUGAGCGGCCAUGUCAGUGCUCGGCCCCGCCCCCAGCAGUGCCGACGCCUGCCUCAGCAUCGUCCACAGCCUGAUGUGCCACCGGCAGGGCGGUGAGAACGAGGGCUUCGCCAAGCGAGCCAUCGAGAGCCUGGUGAAGAAGCUGAAGGAGAAGAAGGACGAGCUGGACUCGCUCAUCACCGCCGUCACGUCCAACGGCGUCCGUCCCAGCAAGUGCGUCACCAUCCAGAGGACGCUGGACGGCCGGCUGCAGGUAGCGGGCAGGAAGGGCUUCCCCCAUGUGAUCUACGCCCGGCUGUGGCGCUGGCCCGACCUGCACAAGAACGAGCUGAAGCACGCCAAGUUCUGCCGCUUCGCCUUCGACCUCAAGUACGACAGCGUGUGUGUGAACCCGUACCACUACGAGAGGGUGGCGGCGCCCGCCUGCACAGGUCCUCAGGCGGUGAUCAAGGAGGAGUUCCUGCAGGACUGCCUGCAGCUGGACCUGCCCCCCCCCUCUGACCCGUACGCCCAGCCCCGCCCCCUCACCAUGUAUCCCAGCAUGCCUCUGUCUCCGCCAGGACGGACGUCCGUGACGCCCGCUGCUCUGGGCGCCGCCGAGGCUCCGGAAGGCCCCGCCCUCCUGCAGGUGGCCCCGCCCAUUCAGCCAGAGGGCCGCACCUCACCCCCCCUCGCCCCACAGUCUGCCACGCCGGCUCCCGCCCAGCAGAGCCCCGAGUACAGUGGGACGCCCACACCUGUCAGCUGGUCAGGUAACGGUCCUGCCCCCUACACACCUGCAGGACAUCAGCACAGUGGGCGGAGCCACACUCAGCAGACGCCGUUCCAUCAUCACCAUCAACACACACCCAACACUCACUUCUGGUCGCAGCAUCACAGCACUCCUCCGUACCCACAGCCGGUCUCCAACCAUCCAGGUCCAGAGUUCUGGUGCUCCAUCUCCUACUUUGAGCUGGAUGUUCAGGUGGGGGAGAUGUUCAAGGUCCAGUCCAGCUGUCCCCUGGUGACGGUGGACGGCUACGUGGAUCCUUCAGGCGGGGAUCGGUUCUGUCUGGGACAGCUGAGCAAUGUCCACCGGACUGCAGCCAGCCACCGCGCCAGGCUCCAUAUCGGGCGUGGCGUCCAGCUCGAAUGUCGGGGAGAGGGGGACGUCUGGAUGCGUUGCCUUAGCGACCACUCCGUCUUCGUUCAGAGUUACUACCUGGACCGGGAGGCGGGCCGAGCGCCAGGUGACGGGGUUCACAAGAUCUACCCUGGAGCUUACAUCAAGGUGUUUGACCUACGCCAGUGCCACAGGCAGAUGCAGCAGCAGGCGGCGGCGGCGCAGGCGGCAGCAGAGACGCAGGCGGCUGCGGUUGUCGGGGCGAUGCCAGGACCCCACAGCGUGGGAGGAAUCGCACCUGCUCUCAGUGUGUGCUCUGCAGCAGGUCCAGGUGUAGAUGAUCUGCGCAGGCUGUGCAUCGUGAGGCUGAGCUUCGUCAAAGGCUGGGGGUGCGACUACCCGAGGCAGAGCAUCAAGGACACCCCCUGCUGGAUGGAGGUGCACCUGCACCGGGCGCUGCAGCUGCUCGACCAGGUGCUGCACACGCUGCCACCUCGAGAGCACACCCUCUGAUCUGGACACACCUGACUACUGUCGCCCCAACAACCUCCGUUCCUCUGAGAGACGCAGAGCUACGGCUUCGUUUCCAUGGUAACAACCUCCAAGGGUCAGUCCAGGCAGAGAUCUGGGAUCAGAAUCAGGAAGACUGACUUCAGAUCAGCUGAAACCAAAAACCAUAAAGUUCAUCUAUUUAUUUCUAUUGAUUAUCUACCAAAGAUUAAUUUCUAACUGAUGACAUCAUUUCCUGUUUAGGUUGUUUAUUCAACCAUGUUUUUUUUUUCUUUUUACAGCUUUUUAUUCCAUUUUAACGUGUUUUCUACAGAAAGCUUCUAUAACUCUGUGCUGUCUGUUCUCAUUACAAUAAACAUUCCUGUCCUGCA